AUGGUGGCCGCCUCCCUGCAAGCAUCGCCUGCGCACGCCGGCUCUAACCAGCGCCUGCCACCCCUCGACUCAGAUCCGCUGCGCUGCGAGAGGGCCUUCACCGGCAAUACCAUUGGCCAGGCCAAUGCGGUGUCUGACAAGAUCCUGGACCUCCGCUUCUGCAGCUUCCCAGGGGCGGAGCUGAAAGGGAAGGUGCUGUCAGGCGCGCUCCUGCUGAACGCUGACCUGUCUGGCGCCCAGAUGCAGGAGGUGGUCAUGUCCAAGGCCUACGCUGUUGGCACAAACUUCAAGGGGGCCGACCUGACCAGCUCCGUUGUGGAUCGGGUGGACUUUGACGGGGCCAACCUUACGGGAACCAAGUUUACCAACGCCGUGAUCACUGGCGCCACCUUCAAGGGAGCCAACCUGGACGGGGCCAGCUUCGAGGACGCCCUGAUCGGCAGUGAGGACGUUCGCCGCCUCUGCGCGGAGCCCAGCCUGACGGGGGACUCUAGGGUCCAGGUGGGUUGCCGCGGCAGCGGGUAA